AUGUUUAAAGAGCAGCCUUUUGUUGUAAACCCCUUGUCAGUUUCUAUACAGCCAUGCAGUAAGAAGAGGUUAAUUCUUGAUUUGCGCCAUGUCAAUAAGUCAUUAAUUAAGCAAAGUGUUUAAGUACGAGGACUGGAGGACUUUGUAUAACGCGGGUUUUGUUGUCAACGAAGGCCAAUCGGUAUGGGAGCCCACCCAAGUAUUGGACUAG